GGGAACGGAACGCGGGCCCAGCAUGUCCAGGAGUCAGUAUCGGAAAUGUGUGCAGGCGAUCUGCAUGGCGAUGCAGCAAUCAGCCGGCGCUGGAAUUCCCGGCAUAUGGAAGUGAUUAUCUUGAGAAUGAGCCAUUGGGAUCGGAAGUGAAGAUUCCUCUUCGUGAUGGGUUUUGUAUUGGAUCGCAUUGUUCGACUGUGUAUUGGGAUUGUGGUGUUGAUGGAUCGGAAAUGGGAAAAGUGGUUUGCGGUUCUGCUGGUCCUUGGAUGUGAAAUUCCGGCACGUCUUAUGAUCGAUGAUUCUGACGAGCCUCCAAAGGGAAAGAUCUCGCGGCUACGCGUCAGGCGUAGUAGUCAACGAACACUCCAAACUUCCAUCUACCUCCUCCCCCAUCACGUCAUCACGACCAUCCUAUUUCGGCACCGUCAACGAGCACCGCAAUCUCCUAAAUUCGGUUCAGGGUAUACUUCAAGCCAUGAUCGCGCAACCACAAAUCGCAAAUGCUUCGGCGCCAACUCUACUCCACGCAGACUUACACACCCAGAACAUAUGUAUUCCAGACGAAGACCCAACUUCGCUCACACGUGUCAUAGACCAGCAAUCGAGCUCCACCGAACCUGCCUUCAUCUAUACCAGCGACAUGGCAGACUUCGCUCGGGCUCCCAAAACCUCAUCCGAAUCAGAGCAUCCCAGUCCCGAGCCUCCUUCAUCCGAACAAGACAGAACACAAAAAGGUAGCUAGCUUCCUACUGUAUCCAGACGUACGAAAUCUGCAUGCAGAAUUCCACUCCCAAGAAGAUGCGGGUAUCGCGAUCCCUCGAUGUGUUACUCACCCGACCAUUCCAACACUCAGACACACUUCCCAGCUUAAUAGUGCCGCGGCGAUCCGACAAGAAUUUCUCCAUCUCAGCUCGAAGUGGGAGAAUAUAGAUUUAGCGGGCAAAUAUCCGUACGUUGCCAUCCCCGAGGAGCUUGCAAGACAUCAGAAACAACACCGAGCAUUUGAGCGCGCACAGGAGCUCAAACAGAUGCUGAUGCAACUUCUGUUUGUGGAUUCCGACGGAUGAGUAUCCAUUGAGCACUGGGAGGAGGUGAGACGAGCCCACAAAGUCAUUUAUGAGCUUGCGUUGGAAAAUGUAGAGGAAGAGGGAGAUGACUCGAUGACCGAGAAGAAUUUGAGGGAGUUGUGUGUGGCAUUUUGAUGAUGGGAAAUUUUGAACGGUGAAUUGUUACUUUGUCAUCUUGAUCUACCCAGCAUAUGCUACUCUGCCUCCACGGCAGUGGCCCCCGGAGGGCCAGCGGAGCGUCAUUCAAAUAGCAAAUGGCUAUAAAGAGUACUCAAUAUAAUACCUGACAUCACAAUACA